AUGCUGGCGAAAUAAACGUCAACCAGUAACAUGCAGUACCAAGCAGCCGAUGGUGUGCGCGCUGACUUGGCUCAUCGGCGGGACAGUCAACAAACCCGCCGACUCUGCUUCCCAACCUAUGACCGUUGGCCAUAAACAGCUGUGGCAGAUGCGGACCCGCGACAAGACAGCGCUUGCUUUUAUUCUGAAAAUUGCAGCCGGACGUGCCGGUCUUCCGUAUUCUGACUAGCUUGCGAUCUGUCAUGGCUUAGCUAACGUGGACUAGCCUGUUAUGGAAGGAGAAGGAGCACAACUGUGUGAGACAGCGGGACUGGCUGGGACUAGUUCUGGGACGUGAUUUGGAGAGAUAACGCUGCACACCGGAAGCCUUGCGGACGUCUUCCUAGCUGCAAACAAAAACACCGCAGCGAGUGCUAAAAUCACGGGGCAGCCACAAUUACAAGUAGAACAUGGAUCCGGCAGCUGCGGAGCGUCGGACAACCACCCGCCGCCGUCGAGUUUAGCUCUCCGCAGCCGCAGUUGGACUUCGGCGGCGGCGGCGGCGGCGGCGCGGAAGCCGCGGGAAUCUUUGUUCGCGUUUUUUCAUGGGACGCGGCCGGGCUCCCCCUCCGCUUCGUCGUUGUUUUACCCCCGUGACAGCGCUCCCCUCGGUCGGUGUCGACUGGCCGCCGAGGUCCCCGCAUCUUAUGGACUCCUCACAGUAGUUUCUUGGCUUUUCUGUCGCUCGGUCCCCCUCUGACGGACGCGGCAGUCAUGUUUGCCGUGCGCAUCGUCACCGCAGACUACUACCUGGCGAGACCCAUUAAAGACCUGGACGUCUGCUACUCUGAAUUCAGGGAGAGCGACGUGAAGAGGGUGCCGGUGGUGCGGAUAUUUGGAGCAACACCCGCAGGUCAGAAGACAUGUCUCCACCUCCACGGUGUGUUCCCUUACAUCUAUGUGCCAUAUGAUGGCUACGGGCAGCAGCCAGAGCGCUACCUGCGGCAGGUGGCCUUCAGCAUCGACAGGGCCCUCAACGUUGCCAUGGGAAACCCCGCCUCCAGCGCCCAGCACGUCUUCAAAGUGGUGCUGGUCUCUGGCAUGCCUUUCUAUGGCUACCACGCCAAGGAGAAGCAUUUUAUGAAGAUCUAUUUGUUCAAUCCUCAGAUGGUCAAAAGGGUGUGCGAGCUGUUGCAGAGCGGAGCAGUGAUGAGCAAAAGUUACCAGCCCCACGAGGGCCACAUUCCCUACCUGCUGCAGCUCUUCAUAGACUACAACCUGUACGGCAUGAACCUGGUUAACUUGGGAGCUGUCAAGUUCCGCAGGAGCCAAAACAAAGAAGUCCCAGACAGGCAAACUCCCAGCAGUCGUCCCAGCAUCAGCCCCUGGAAGAGCCCCUGCGCCUCCAAGCUCAACGAAAGCACCCUGGGGGGCACGUUUGUCCGCUGGGAGGAGAACACCAUACCUUGUUCCUUAGUCCUGGAUGAAGUGGAGAAGCAGAGCACCUGUGAGCUGGAGGUUGAUGCUGUGGCUGUAGACGUCCUCAACCGGCUGGAAAUGGAAAAUCAGAUCGGCAGGAACCCGGGCCUGCAGGCCAUCUGGGAGGAUGAGAAGCAGAGGAGGAGAGAGAAGAAUCAGGCCACCCAGAUCGAAACCCCUGAGUCACAAGAUCGUGGAUUUGUCGAUUCAACGGAGAGCGAGAAAGUCUUCAUGAAGAGAUUCAAGGAGAUUCUGACGGAGAACAAGUUUGACGUGACACAAGCUCCAUCUGUGGGUGUUGGGGAGGAGGACCAAGAGGAUUUUCCUGCUGACCUCACUCUCCAUUCUGACCCCCCGACCCCAGAGGGACUAGAGUGUACCACCGCUAAUGCUGUGGAGGUGCACAGGGACUCGCAGCCAGACUCUGUGAGCAGCAGUGGUAAAAUCUCAGAGGAGGCUGUGGUUGACGAGGAGGCCAUCUUGAGUGUCCUGGAGAACAGUCACACCUUCCUCUCGCUAUCCCAAACAUCCAACCACUCACCUCUGUUAGACAGCAGCCAAGACCAUGCCAUCAUCGAUUUGCUGGCAGGCCUGGAGGAUGAUGGAUUCUGCAGGACCCCCAUUAGGCAGAAUUCCCAGUCCCAGUCUCUUCCUGGUGCCAGGAGCUACCACUGCAACAGUGAUGAGGAGGAGGCAGGACCAGAGCUGGACAGAGAAGAGGCAGAGCUCAGCGUGAUAAUGUCUCAGCGAUGGGACAACGAGGCUCCUGAGAGUUCAUCCUUACCAAGGCCUGGUGUGAAGGAGGCAGAGGACGGCUUCAGUGACGAGCAGCAGGAGUCCUCCGAUGAAGACAUGGAGUGGAGUGGGAAUAACUCUCUGUUCGCCAACCUCUCCAUCCCCCAGCUUGACGGGGCGGCAGACGAGAACAGCGAUUCAUCCUUAACGGACAGUAGUUCCAGGACCCAGUCUUCUCUCAUAGUAACAGAAAAGAUGCUCGGGAAAAGAAAUCCCUUCCCUGGGGAGACAGUACAACUGGAGCCACCUUCUUCAGCUAAAAUCCUUCUGGAGUGCAAGCACCCUGAGCACAGACCAGUUCAUGUGCUGGACACAGAGCAACCACUUGACAAGCACUUUCAAUCAAAAAGCAGCCAGGACAGCAGUAGUGAAUGUUCGACAGGGUUCAAGGUUAAUAAAGAAAUCCCCUACAUCCCACCAGUCAAGCACCCUAUCCCCUGCAAAAUAGCCAAUCACCCCGAGGUGUCUCCCAUCUGUGUAGACAAAGAGGACAUCCGACCCCUGUACACCUUUGACAAGAAAACCUCUAUAGCCUUGGAUAAGACAGAUCUAGAGAGUUUUCCAUUUGGUAAUGGAAAGGUGGCCAAAACCAGGAAGAAGUAUGGCAGCAUAAAGAAUGUAGAAACAAACUGUCUGUCCAUUCUUCAGAACCACCGGACCUUCUCGCUCUGUUACUCAGAGCUGAGAAACUGCUCCGGGAAGACAGAUCUGGAACUGAGCCAGAAGGACAGUAAAAGCCCCAUCCUGAGGAACAUCUCCGCCCCAUCACCCAUGGAGGAGGAUGAGUUCCUUGAUCCUCAGGAGGAAGAAAUGGGCCAGGACAGUGAGGAGGGUGAUGUUGGUGAACUCAAAAUUAGGUACGAGGACUAUCAGGAAAAUAAGACUGAGCGGACUAUCGUGGCCCAGCAGGAAGCGCACUACAAGUUCUUUCCCAGCGUCAUCCUGUCCAACUGCCUCAGUAGGAAGAAAGCUGGGAGCAAAAAGCUUACAGAUUCCUGCGGCAAACCAGUAGAGGCCCAGCCUCGCAGAUGUAGGCUGAAAGUGAAUAAAAAAAGGUUAGGAAUGGCCGGACAGAGGAACAAAUUAAACAUAGUUGAAAGCUCAUCCUCUGACAGCCACGUUAGUACUAGCCUCACCUCAGUCACAUCUGCUUGUCUACAGACUGUGGACAGAGAGAUUUUAGACGAAAACUCAAAAGAGCCUGAGCCAGUUAAAGAUGGGCCUGUCACAGAGGGAAAGCCAAACACGAAAGAGGAGCCACCGAUUGAGGAGAGGUCUAUAAAUGAAAGGACAGAACCAAUUUCAGAGCCCCCUGCUACCAACUCCACUUGUUUUUCUGAAGAAGCUAAAGACACAGCAGAGGAUAGGUUAAGCCCAUUGCAAGAUUUAUCUGCCAAAGUCACCUGCACCAAACCUUCAGCACUGCCUGGUAGUAAAUACACCCUGAGAGCCAAACGGAAGAUGAUCUAUGAUAGUGAAGAUGGAGAACACUCAGGUUCCACUCGUUCUAAGAAUCCAGCCUCUGUGAAAGACGGCAAGCUCAAGGACAGCAAUGUACCCAGUGGGCAGGAAGUAAAAUACCAGAAACGGCGCAAGAAAGAACCCCCAAUCAUCAUCAAGUACAUUAUUAUCAACAGGUUCAAAGGACAGAAAAACAUGCUGGUGAAGAUGUCCAAAGUGAAUGCAGAGGAACAGUUGGUGUUGUUGACACCAGAUAAGCUUGAGCUGUACAAUAAACUGGCUCCACUCAAGGAUUUCUGGCCCAAGGUGCCAGAAUCAACUGCAGUCAAGUUUCCCGUGACUGAGCCAAAGGCCAAGAAACACCCCAAACGAAAGGCAAAGGUCAACUCCACCAAUAAGAAAACAGUCAGCAACUCUUCCAAACCUCGAGUCAGACAGGGUGAAUGGGUCAAACGGACUAAAGGCUCUCAGAGAGGCACAAUUCUAUCCUCUCUACUGCCCCCUCAGCCAUCUUACUGUGAGCUAGCUGAUGACCAUGACACCGAGUAUACCGAUGUCAUGUUGGAGUUGGGUUACCUCUCUGAUACAUCCCCAAGCCUUACAGAAUCAACACCCCCGCGUUGUUGGUCCCCAAGUGACCCUCUUAUGGACAGCUCAGAGCAGCUGAUAAACCCAUUCAGUGACCCAUGUCUUAGUUCUGCUUUGCACAAGCCAUGCACUGUGUCUUCAAUCAAAGGAGCACAAAAUAAGUUUCAAACUGCCAGAUCCAAGAAAUCUGCAGAUAGUAAAAGGAAAGUUAAUAAGUCAGCUACUAAGCCUCCAGAGGAAGGAGAGCCCAAAAAGGAAAAAUUAAGACAAAGUAGUGGCGUUGCUCCAAGGCAGAGAAAGAAAGCUAAAGAUGUAGCUGAAGGUACUGUCAACAGUUCUACAAACACAACAAAACCUAAAAGGUCUCGCAAAAAGAAGACUGAGGAACCCAAAAGCCAUGAGCUAAGUAAAGACAGCUCUCAUCUCCUUUUCCCAGAGGAUGAGCUACCUCCUUCUGAGAGUUCCUCUCAAGAGGUCCCUCCAUUUCAGCAGCCAGUGAGCACAGAUAGCAACAGCCAGUGCAGUCCCCAGACUGCAUCUACGCCAGACUCUAACUCAGUAGCCCAGUCUAUAGAACCAAAGGUUGAGUACUGUGAGACUUCAAUCAUGGAGGUCAACCAAAGUUUUUCACCACUGGCUCAGCUGAAGCAGCAAAGUUGCCAGACCACUGUGGUGAAGGCAGAGGCUUCACAGGAGGAGUGCACAGCUCCUCCACCUCCUCUGGCUGGACUACUCUUAGUGGAAGACAGCAAAGAUGCCCAACCAGUGGUAGACUCCCCAAUCUCAGGCCCUAAGAACGGGGAGAUCCCCACUCUUUGUGAGACCCCUUCUGGCUUGGCUGUCCUAAAGCAGCUUCUCCAGAAGAGGCAGCAAGGACAGACCCUUCCCUUAAAAGUGGUUGGUACAGACAACCACUCCACUGCCAUAGCUCAGGCCACAGCACUACUAGAUCCUACAACUAAACCAGCUAAAUCCAGAAAAGCUCCCUCUACCACUCAUCGUAAACCAAGGGCCGCAAAAUCUACCACCCCCAAGGAUAAAAAGCCCAGAAUUAGGAAAGGUAAGACAAGCAGCACUCAGCCAAAUCUGACAGUGAAGCAGGAGGGCAACAUGUCAGAUGACUGCCCCCUCUUUUUGUCAAACCCAUCCCUGGAGACUUGCAACUUCAUAGAGGACAGCUUGUCACCAGAGCUACCACACAACUAUACCUUUGAUAUAAAUGUUAUUGAUCAGACUGAGUUCUCCAGCCCAUAUAGCAGUAGCCAGUUUGUCCUGACUGACAAAAAUUUACCAGUUAAGUUCCUGAGUGAUGUAAGCCAGGAAGCUAUAACUGCUCAGACUUUGGGGUUUGAGAAGAAACUUGAUAGGCUGCUUGGUUGUGGGGAGGAGCUUCAAAGGGGCUCUGACUGGCACAAAGCAGGGCCUAUCAGUCCUGACCUCUUUGAUAGACCUGAGAACCGGGAGUCUGUAUCAAAUCACCUCACAUUCCUUGACUCUGAGAGAAUCAAGAGCAGAGAGUGUGACUUCUCUAUAUGUAAAGCCCAUACCCUCAGCCCCUUUCAAGACUUUCACUGUGAGAGAAAAGAGUUGCUCUUUUCCGUCUGUGAUCCUGUCCUACCACUGACUUUAAGCUCAGCAUCCUUUGUUGACCAGGAGGGCUCACCGACAGCAGAGCUUCUAGAUGGCAUUGAUGGACUGACGUCCACCACACCCAGUAGCUCUCCCCGCUCCAUCGGUUCACUAUCCCAGGUGAGGGCAAGCCAGCUGCUGCGGGGGGCAGGAGGUGGAGCCCACAUCCUCAAACCCCUCAUGUCCCCUCCAAGCCGGGAGGAGAUCCUCAACACUCUGCUGGACCUGGAGAUGUCGGAGGCUACCUUCCAGGAGCCUUUCUGCAGCGACCCCUCUGAUGCUCCAGGAAAACCAAUGGAGGUUGGUGGCCGUAAGCUAACAGUGGGUACCAGACUGGCUAAGGAGCUAGCAGAGUUCAGCGGAGACCUGUCUUUGGAGGGCCUCCAUUUCUGGAAGACAGCUUUCUCAGCUAUGACACACCCCACCACCAUUACCUCAUCUUCCCAAGCCCAGGGAGCCGAGGCCUCAGAAGCAGGUAAAGAGCUGGCCAAGCCCGACCCAUCCUCAGCCAGCGACAAGAAAGUCGUUCUUUUGCCCUGCAAAAACCCACCAAGCCGAGAGUGUGUGCAUCUGUGGCUGGAAGCCAGGAAACAGUAUGAGUGUUUACAAAAAUGGAGGAGAGACACAGGGCUGCUGAAGAAUGGGAGGGCUGGGUUGGAUGUUGAGGAGGAGAACCCAGAGAGAACCACGCAGCCAUCUGCGUCAUGCUGCCCAACAGUGAAGGUUGAGCUGUGUGGGAACCUUUCUAGUAUCAGGACUCAAAGAAGAAAGAAAGGGAGCCUGUCCUUAAUCAUCUCUCCUAUGAAGAAUACAGGCUCUCAAAGUAAAUCCUCAGAGGUGAGUCCAGUUUCAGAUGAAGGUGCUGUGGGACAAGAAAAAGAAGAUGAUGAUGAUGAUGAUGACGACAAUAAAACCACCUUUCCAGGGUCCCCAGAGCUGCCUCCAUGGCAGCAGUCCUCUCAGCCCAGCCCCUCAGGUCCAGACCAGCUCAGUGAAAACAGACAAAGUGAAAACUUUUCAGAACCACUGUCACCUAGGCUCUCUAACUCCCUAGAGAGACUAGGAGAGAACUAUAGUCCCUCACCCCUUCAUGUCAGUAACAGGGAAGAGGGCAGGACUAGUCCCCAUCUCCUUCCCAGCACCCCCUUCUUAAGAAAGUGGCGGAGAAGCCAAGAAGAUCUAGAGCCAGUGUGCAGCACGCCCAUAUCUGAGGAUACUCCCAUUUCUCAGAGACUCCAGCAGAGGAGGAGAAGCCAGGCUGACCCACUGAGAAGAGUGUUACUGACCACACAGACAAAGAACCAGUUUGCUGCUUUGAAUGUGCCAAAGAAAGAUAACUCUCAGAUUGAAGGGCCCAGUAUAGCCAACUCUUACGGCUUCAAAAUCAGCAUGCAGAACUUGCAGGAUGCCAAAGCUCUGCAUGAGGUCCAGUACCUAACACUGAUGGGCAUGGAGCUCCAUGCAAGAACCCGUCGUGACCUCGAACCUGACCCCGAGUUCGACCCAAUAUGUGCCUUAUUCUACUGCCUCAGUUCUGAUGCUCCCCUGCCAGAUGUAGACAGCACCCAACUGACUGGUGCCAUUGUGGUGGACAAAGACUAUCAAAGUUGUGACCAAGGAGGUUACAAAGGAGCAGCGCCCCUGCUGGUCAGGUCGGGCAUCUCUGGGCUGCAGGUGAAAUACGCCACCGAUGAGAAGAUGCUGUUUCAGGAGCUUAUCGCUAUCAUGAGGAGGUUUGACCCGGACAUCCUGUUGGGAUACGAGGUGCAGAUGCGCUCCUGGGGCUACCUUCUUCAGCGUGCUGCGGUGCUCCGAGUGGACCUGUGUCAGCAGCUGUCACGAGUGCCAGGUGACUCCAAAGAGAACCACUUCACCACAGACAGGGAUGAGUACGGAGCCGACACCAUGACUGAGAUCAGCAUCACUGGACGCAUCACCCUCAACCUGUGGAGGGUGAUGAAGACUGAGGUGACGUUGAACAACUAUAGUUUUGAGAAUACGGCUUUCCAUGUGCUCCACCAGCGUUUUCCCCUGUACAGCCCCCGCACGCUGUCCGACUGGUUUGACCACAACACCGACUUAUACAGGUGGAAGAUGGUCGAUCACUACAUGAGCCGAGUGUGCGGCACCAUGCAGCUCCUGCAGCAGCACGACAUCGUCGGCAGAACCAGCGAGCUGGCCAGGCUUUUUGGGAUUCAGUUCUUCCAUGUGCUGACCCGAGGAUCACAGUACCGCGUUGAGUCCAUGAUGCUACGCUUGGCCAAGCCUCUGAACUACAUCGCCGUGACACCCAGCAUCCAGCAGCGAGCCCAGCAGAGGGCGCCACAGUGCCUCCCGCUGGUGAUGGAGCCCGAGUCGCGCUUCUACAGUAACUCAGUGGUCGUGCUGGACUUCCAGUCCCUCUAUCCCUCCAUCGUCAUCGCGUACAACUACUGCUUCUCCACCUGCCUUGGCCACAUGGACAGCCUGGGAACGCCUGAUGAGUUUAAGUUUGGCUGCACCUCCCUGCGGGUUCCUCCCGAUCUCCUCUACCAGCUCCGCAACGACAUCGCCGUGUCACCCAAUGGCAUCGCCUUCGUCAAGUCCUCAGUGCGUAAAGGGGUCCUGCCAAGCAUGCUGGAAGAGAUCCUCAACACGAGGAUCAUGGUGAAGCAGUCAAUGAAAACCUACAAGCAGGACAAAGCCCUCACGAGGCUGCUCGAAGCCCGACAGCUCGGACUCAAGCUCAUUGCCAACGUCACCUUCGGCUACGCUGCGGCCAACUACUCUGGACGCAUGCCCAGCGUGGAGGUUGGAGACAGCAUCGUUCACAAAGCCAGAGAGACCCUGGAGAGAGCCAUCAAGCUGGUCAAUGACACUAAGAAAUGGGGAGCGCGUGUUGUGUACGGAGACACGGACAGCAUGUUUGUUUUGCUGAAGGGAGCCACCAAAGAGCAGGCCUUUAAGAUCGGCAACGAGAUCGCUGAGGCGGUGACCGCAACCAAUCCCAAGCCUGUCAAGCUCAAGUUUGAGAAGGUGUACCUGCCCUGCGUCCUGCAGACAAAGAAGCGCUACGUGGGAUACAUGUACGAAAACCUUGACCAAAAGGAACCCGUGUUUGACGCCAAAGGGAUCGAGACAGUGCGCCGUGACGGCUGCCCCGCUGUUUCCAAGAUUCUGGAGCGUUCCAUUAAGCUGCUGUUUGAGACGCGGGACAUCAGCCAGGUCAAACAGUUUGUGCAGCGUCAGUGUGUCAAGGUUCUGGACGGUCGGGCCAGCAUGCAGGACCUGACCUUCGCCAAGGAGUACAGAGGCAGUGGCUCGUACCGGCCCGGGGCCUGCGUCCCUGCACUGGAGCUCACCAGGCGUAUGAUGGUGUACGACCGUCGCCUGGAGCCGCGCGUGGGAGAGCGGGUGCCCUACGUGGUCGUGUACGGGACGCCCGGCAUGCCCCUCAUCCAGCUGGUGCGUCGGCCCAUGGAGCUUCUGCAGGACCCCGGCCUCCGACUCAACGCCACCUACUACAUCACCAAGCAGAUCCUGCCGCCGCUGGCCCGCAUGUUCCAGCUGAUCGGAGUGGACGUGUUCAGCUGGUACCAGGAGCUCCCCAGGAUCCAGAAAGCGUCCUGCUCCUCCGCGAUGGGUGGAGAGGAAGCGGGGAGGAAGGGAACCAUUUCUCAGUACUUCACCACGCUUCAUUGCCCCGUGUGCGACGAGCUGACCCAGCUGGGCGUAUGCUCGCGGUGUCGUGCCGAGCCCCAGCGAGUUGUUGUUACACUCUACCAGGACAUAAGACGGUGGGAGAGUCAGCAAGACCAGCUGCUGAAGGUCUGUAGGAACUGUAGUGGCUGCGCAGACCGGCAGGUUCCCUGUGUGUCCCUGGACUGCCCCGUCCUGUACAAGCUGGCCCGGGUCAACAGACAGCUCUCCAAGGCCCCCUACCUCCGACAGCUGCUGGAGCAGUUCUGAUUGGCUCCUGAACCCCGGCGCUCCCCGCUGAUUUGGUGCUAAUCGUCGCCCCCCACCGCCUUUCACCCCAUCUCAGUGUUUGAUUGUCCAUUCAGUUGUAAUAGUUUAAAUGGUGCUUCGAUUGAACCCUGUUGGGUUUUCAUUCUGUCUCGUAACUGUUAUUUGUUAUACAAGUAUUUCUCUGCGUGUGCAGACUGUCUGGUUUGCGCCUCCUGUGGGGAGGCUGUGUGGGGAGUGUCCCUCCCCCCUAGGGCCCGUGUUUGUCUUCAUGCUUGUUUGCUGCCAUCUCCAUUAGCUGCUAUGGGCUGAGUGAAGCUGAAGUCUUUGGUGACACAGCUACAGACUGCCUGUCAUGGAACUACGUGCAGUCCAAUCGAGGAUGACUUGUUGUGUCUUGUAUGCGCUGUAGCAGUUUGAAGUCAUUGGUUUUUAAGGAGCUUCUUACAAAUCUCAAGACGACCUACAUUCAAACCACUAAUCCACUUUUCUCCAUUUUUAUAUGACGAUUGCAGUCUUGUAAAUACUUCCUGUAUAGCUCCAUCUAUAAUCUCACUGAGCAUUAGCACCAGAAAAACUAAAGCGCCGGCCACGAAUGCAAUCAAAUCUCUUUUCAGGCGUUCUGUUAAAGGAUGCCAUUUUUCAUUCAAUUAACCUUGAUUGUAUUGAUGUCCAUUUUGGCAGAUUUGACACUUCAUACUCUACAGAGUGUGGAAACUGGAAACAUUUUCAGUUUUUUUUAAAUCUGGGACUGUUGCAAUACUGUAUUUUGAUAAUUUAUGUCAUGAAGAGUCUAUUAUUUCCUUGUGCAUAUACAUGUAGGGUUUUGUGUACGUUUCCAAUUUUAUGUGCAAAAAAAAAAAAAAAACAACUGUCAAAGUCAAGAUCUGAUCUUCAAUUCCCCAUACAGCUGUACACAGGGUCUGUGUAUUUGUAUAAAUGUAAAAAAUGAUGAUAAUGAAGGUGUUUUUUUGUUUGUUUUUAAUGGACAUUGCUGUGGGUGGAGGUUUGAGAUUGAUAUAAUAAAAAGUCAAUGUAUUUAAA